ACAGCACAGCUAAGUGCAGCCGCCCGCCUCUGUCACCAGGAGACAGUCCACUUAAAUGCAGCUCCAGGGUUGCAGGACCCCCACCAGAAUCACUACCCGUGUGAGGUGGCAAAUGCAACAUGCUGUCCAGCUGGGGGUGUCUACUUCUCUGUGGAAGUAUUGCACUAGCCCUGGGAAAUGCACAGAAAUUGCCAAAAGGUAAAAGGCCAAACCUGAAGGUCCACAUCAACACCACAAGUGACUCCAUCCUCUUGAAGUUCCUGCGUCCAAGUCCUAAUGUAAAACUGGAAGGUUUUCUCCUGGGAUAUGGCAGUAACUUAUCACCAAACCAGUACUUCCCUCUUCCUGCCGAAGGGAAAUACACUGAGGCCAUAGUCGAUGCUGAGCCUAAAUAUCUGAUCGUCGUUCGGCCUGCUCCUCCCCCCAGUCAAAAGAAGUCAUGCUCAGGUAAAAAACGACCUCGCAAACCUCUCCAGCUGGUGGUUGGCACUCUGUCACCAAGCUCAGUCUUCCUGUCCUGGGGCUUCCUCAUCAACCCCCACCAUGAUUGGACAUUGCCAAGUCAGUGUCCCAAUGACAGAUACUACACAAUUCGCUAUAGAGAAAAGGAUAAGGAAAAGAAAUGGAUUUUUCAACUCUGUCCAGCCACUGAAACAAUUGUGGAAAAUCUAAAGCCUGACACGGUCUAUGAAUUCGGAGUGAAAGACAAUGUAGAAGGUGGAAUUUGGAGUAAGAUUUUUAAUCACAAGACUAUUGUUGGAAGUAAAAGCAAAGUAAAUGGGAAAAUCCAAAGUACCUAUGACCAAGUCCACUCUGUGCCAGCAUAUGUCCCAAGAAAGCUAAUCCCAGUAACAAUCAUCAAGCAAGUGAUUCAGAAUGUUACACACAGGGCCUCAACUAAAUCUCCAGAUAAGACCCCCUAUGGAGGAACAAUAGUGGUCCACCUUGUUAUCCCAGGCCUUAAUGAAACCACCGUAAAACUUCCCACUUCCAUAAUGUUCGAGAUUUCAGAGGCAAUCAAGACACAGUUAGCUAAGAAUGAAACCUUGGCAUUGCCUGCUGAGUCUAAAACACCCGAGGUAGAAAAGAUUCCAGCACUGCCCAUAACAGUGACUCCUGAAUCAGUCCCAAGAACCACUAAGCCCACUGUGUCUAGUGCACUAGACAUUUCAGAAACAACACUGGUUCUCAGGGGAAGGACCCCCGGAACAUCACAAACUAUUUUAAUACCUAGGUUUGAAUUGCCACUGAGCACUCUAGCUCCGAAAAGGCUUCCAGAAUUUCCUCAGGCAAAAACACCUUUCCCUUUUGAGAAACCUGGGGGCACCUUGGCUUCAAGUGAAAAGCCAGAGAUUGUGCCUACAAGUAAAAUAUCUGAAGAUUCCAAAAUUCUACCACCGCAAACUGCCACUUAUGAUGUUUUCUCAAGCCCUACAACAUCAGAUGAGCCUGAGAUAUCAGAGCCCCACACAGCAACAAGCGAUCCACUUCUGGACUCUGUCCCACCUAAAACUUCUAGAACUCUUGAACAGCCAAGGGCAACACUGGCUCCGAGUGAAACACCAUUUAUUUCUCAAAAACUGGAAAUCUUUACCAGUCCUGAAAUGCAGCCUACAACACCUGCUCCCCUGCAAACUACAUCUGUCCCUUCUACACCCAAACGACGCCUCAGGCCCAAAACACCAAGAACUAAACCUGAAAGAACCACAAGUCCUGGAACAAUUACACCUAAAAUUUCUAAAAGUCCUGAACCUAGACGGACAACAAUGGCUCCCAGUAAAACACAAUUUAUUUCUUUGAAACCUAAAAUCCCUCUCAGUGCAGAAGUGACAGACAGCAAACCUGCCCCAGAACCUGAGAUUCUCCUACCGUCACAGCCGCCAAUAGUCUUAGAACCUGGAACGCUGGAAACUAAAUCUUCAACAACAACAUUAGCUCCACCAAAGACCAAACGGCCAGGUCGUCGUCGCCGCCCUAAAACCACACCUAGUCCACAUGUGCCCAAGUCCAAACCGGCUCUGGAACCUGCGGUGGUACCACCGGAACCCCUGGUGCCCACAAUCGACUCAAAACCAGCAAAGCAUUUACUUUCUAAACCCACAGCAAAGCCAGAUACGCCACCACCUACAUCCGUUUUUGAGCCUGUUACAUCUGAGACCGAAGUGCCAUCCACAAGCAUAGUUCCUGCCACAGACAUUGAACCUGUAACUCUGAGAACUGAGGCUCCUCGGACAACAUUAGCUCCAAAAACAUCACAAAAACCAAGAAAACGUCGCCCACGUCCACGUCCCAAACAUAAAACCACGCCAAGACCCGAGACACCUCAGACCAAACUAGACUUUGAACCUAUUACUCCUGGGACAUCUUUAGCUCCAACAACAACAACAAAGAGACCCCGUGUUCCACGUCCCAAACCUAAAGCCACGCCCCAUCCAGAAGCACCUCAGACUAAACUGGUUCCUACCACAAUCCCUGAACCAGUCAGUCUUAGGACCGAAGCUCCAGGAACAAUAGUAGUUCCUGCUAUAGUCUUUGAACCAGUUACUCCUAUAAAAGAGGCUCCGGAGACAGCAUUCGUUCCUGUUACAGACCUUGAACCUGUUACUUUUGCAACGGAGACAUCUGGGACCACGCUAGCUACUACCAAAACAUCACAAAGACCUCGUCGUCUACGUCCCAGACCUAAAACCACACGAGGCCCUCAAGUACCUCAGACAAAACUGGUUCCUGCUACAACGCUUGAACCUGUCACUCUUAGAACAGAGGCCCCCGGAACAACAUUAGCUUCUAAAACAUCACAACAGACAAUUCAUCCACAUCCCAGACCAAAAACCACACCAAGUGCUGAAGCACCUGAGUCCAAACCAGUUCCUACUGCAGACUUAGAACCUGUUACAUUCAGAACUGAUGCUUGGGUAACAACAAAAGCUCCUAAAACAUCAAAACGGACCCGUCGUCCGCAUCCCAAACUUAAAACUACAACAACUCCUGAGGCACCUCAAACCAAACCGGUUCCUACUACAGAUCUUGAACCUGGUACUCUUAGAACUGAAGCUCCAGAAAUCGUGGUUCUUCCUACCGUCAUUGAACCUGUCACUCAUACAACCAAGGCUCCAGAAACAACAUUAGCUUAUAAAACAACACGAGUUCGUCGUCCACGUCCCAGACCUAAAACCACAUCAAGCCCUGAAGCACCUCAGACCAAAUUGGCUCCCACUGAACUGCAAACUCUUAUUUUGAAGCCAGUGACAUCACCAAGCCUAGAAAUGACACAAAGUCAACCUGUUUCUGAAGUCCUGGAAUCGCUUACAUUUAGCACUGAGUCAUCAAAGGAAGCUAUAGCACCAACUGAAAUAGAUUAUGUCUAUUCCACUGCCAAAGCACCACUCAGGCCAGAGGAGCCAGAGACAGAAGUUGUGGAAUCUAUUACACAUGUGUCUGAACCACCUGAGACCACACUAGCUUCCAAGCAGAUACCACGAACUCCUCCCAAACCAAAAACCUCUCCACAUCCAAGAAUCCCACAAACACAAUCAGCUCCUAAGGUAUUCCAGCGUGUUACUCUGAAGCCAAAGACAUCACCAAGUCCAGAAGUGUCCUAUACGUCACCUGUUCCAAGAGAUGUGCUCCUUCCCCAUAAGCCAGACCCCGAAGUCUCUCAGAGCGAACCUGUUCUGCAACCUGUUACCUUUAGAAUCCAUCUGCCAGAGACAACUCUAGCUCCUUUAGAGACACGAGGCAGCCCUUUGAUUCCUAUGAUUUCACCAAGUACUAGUCAAGAGGAACUACAAACCACUCUUGCAGAAACAGACCAGUCUACCCAAGAACUCUACACAACGAAGAUUCCACGAAUGACUGAAUUGGCAAAGACGACUCAGGCACCACACAGAGUGUAUACUACCACUAUGAGGCCCAGAACGCCUGACAAACCACACCUCAGACCUGUUCUGAAUAAGACAACUACAAGACCCAGUAGACCCAGACCCAGUGGGACACCCAGAGGGAAUGGAAUAGGAGCAGGGGUCAAGCAAGUCCCACUGCCUUCUGGUACUGGUAGAAAUGUAUCAAUGGAUUCUUCUCACCCCACAAAAAAACCAGCCAUAAUCCCAGGUACUCGUCGCCCACUCUUGCCACCCAGACCCAUGCCCCCACGAAGAAAGCCUUUACCACCCAACAAUGUCACUGGAAAGCCAGGAAGUGCAGGAAUUAUUUCAUCAGACCGAGUAACUUCCCCACCCUUGAGGGCAACACUCAGACCUACAGAAGCCCCCUUGGAGAGAAUGGAGACAGAUAAAAAGCAACCAACAGCUCCUGCCUCGGGAGAAGAUCUUGAUAACAUGACUGACUUUAGCUCAAGUCCAACAAGAGAAACUGAUCCUCUUGGGAAGCCCAGAUUCAAAGGUCCUCACGUGCGGUAUAUCCAAAAGCCUGACAACAGCCCCUGCUCCAUCACCGACUCUGUGAAGAGAUUCCCCAAAGAGGAGGCCACAGAGGGGAAUGCCACCAGCCCACCGCAGAACCCACCUACCAACCUCACUGUUGUCACUGUGGAAGGGUGUCCCUCCUUUGUCAUCUUGGACUGGGAUAAGCCACUCAAUGACACUGUCACUGAAUAUGAAGUUAUAUCCAGAGAAAAUGGGUCAUUCAGUGGGAAGAACAAGUCCAUUCAAACAACAAAUCAAACCUUCUCCACAGUAGAAAAUCUAAAACCAGACACAAGCUAUGAAUUCCAGGUGAAACCCAAAAACCCACUUGGUGAAGGGCCACCUAGCAACACAGUGGCCUUCAGUACUGAAUCAGCUGACCCAAGAGUGAGCGAGCCCGUUUCUGCGGGAAGAGAUGCCAUAUGGACCGAAAGACCCUUUAACUCAGACUCUUACUCAGAAUGUAAGGGCAAACAGUAUGUCAAAAGGACAUGGUAUAAGAAGUUUGUAGGGGUGCAGCUGUGCAACUCUCUCAGAUACAAGAUUUACCUGAGUGACUCCCUCACAGGAAAAUUUUAUAACAUAGGCGAUCAGAGAGGCCACGGGGAAGAUCACUGCCAGUUUGUGGACUCAUUUUUAGAUGGACGCACAGGACAGCAACUCUCUUCUGACCAGUUACCCACCAAAGAAGGCUAUUUCAGAGCAGUUCGUCAGGAACCAGUCCAAUUUGGAGAAAUCGGUGGUCACACUCAAAUCAAUUAUGUCCAGUGGUAUGAAUGUGGGACUACAAUUCCUGGAAAAUGGUAGAUGCUGCAAUCACAUUCGAAAGUGCCUUCUGUUUCAUCGUUUCAAAAAAUAAUUGGAAACAGUAUGGUAUUUGUCACAUGCAUUUAAAGCUCUUUUGUUUACUAUGUAUAAAAGUUUAAAAUCUAAUAGCAAUAUUAGAUGUUUAUUAGAAAGAUUGCUAAGAAUAUUUAUCAGGUUUUACAAAGUCAUUUUAAGAAAGCAAGAUAUUGAUAUUAACAGAAUAACAUUUUUGGGGAAGCUGGCUCCCUAUUCAUGCUAUUUUAAGAGAUCAUUUGUAUAUUAUUUAUCACACUGUUGUAAUGAUGUUCUGAGAUACUUUUAUAACAAAAUUAACAUCAAAAAACUAAUAUACUUUUAAAAAUAUUUACAUUUAUUGUGUAUUCUUCCUACUGUUAAUUCCAUAAAUCUCUACUUGGCUUAACUUAUUAGAUCAAAUUAUCAUCAGCAUAUUAUAUCUGGGGAGAAAAGGUCCUAAUAUUCACAUGUUUAUUUAAACUUCAACUUUUUAGUAAUAGCUAAGUAACUUUUGAAGCAUUUAAAUAGCCAUUCAUGCUAAUAUACAUUUCAUUAAUUAUCUACAAAUUAUUGCAAACAUUGUUUGAAUCAGUAAAUUUCAGUUGAAAAUGAAAUUGAGAAUUUGAUAUAUCAUUUCAAAAAUACAUAUUUUGUUCUUUCUCCACCCAUAAGCAUGCUACAAUGUCUGAAUGUUCUUUGUCAAACUAUCCCUUUAAGCAGUUGUGUUCGUACUGUUUUUAAUCCUAAUCAAGCUAUAUCCAAAGACUGUAGUGAAGUCUAAGCAUAAAAGGAUAAUCCAUGAUGAGAGGCCUACCAUUUUAUGAUAUUUACUCUAUUUUUACACAGACGAUCUACAGGGAAUGAAUGUAUCAGAGGCUGUUUUCUUAAUUCUAACAACCUGUAAUGAAAAUCUGACUUAUUUUUAUUUAAAACAGUAUUAUUCUCCUUCAUUGGGGAGGAAGACAGGAAUGCUGCAUUGGUGCCCUCAUUCUGAAAGGACCUUUCUGUGCUUACCUUUCAACAUGCUUCAGUUUUAUCAAUACUUCAUUUUAUAUUUUUCAAACAGUAUAAACUCUGCAAUAAAGAGAUGUAGUUUUUUUUAA